UGCUCAGCCUCGGCUCGCUCCUCCGACGCGGAGAUUGAGCCGCUCAGGCAAAAAAAAAAAUGUCAGCGCCUUCUCGCCGGACUCGCGUCGGACGCCGGGGCGGCGUCGCCUUAUUCCACCUUUUAUGCGGCAUCACAGGUGUGUGGGGAAGCCAGGUCGUGGUGCCUCAGCGGGUGAGCGCCGUGCUGGGGAAGAACGUGUCGCUGGAGUGUAGGGUGGAGGUCGGCGCCAACCUCACGCUCACGCAGAGCUCCUGGGAGCGCCGCCUGCCUUCGGGCUCCGUCACCGUGGCCGUCUACAACCCGCAGUUUGGCAUCUCCAUCCCUCCGGAGUUCAAGCCUCGCUUGCGUUUCCGCUCCCCCUCCCCGUACGACGCCUCGAUCGUACUGGAAAAUGUGGGCUUUUCCGACGUGGGGAUCUACACCUGCAAAGUUGCAACGUUUCCCCUGGGAAAUACUCAAGCUUCCACGACUGUCAGUGUCCUCGUGGAGCCCAAGAUCUACGUGGCCGCGGGUUCAACGGCCCUGAUCGACGGCGGCAAUGAAACCGUGGUGGCCACCUGCAUCGCCGAGCGGGCGCGGCCCCCCGCCGAGGUGUCCUGGGAGUCCAACCUCUUUGGCCAGUCGGAGGUGCAGCUGUUUGACGAAGCCAACGGGACCACCAGCACGCAGGUGCGCUACCUGUGGCAGCCCACGCGCCACGUCCAAGGCCAGACGCUCACGUGUGUGGUUCGCCACCCGGCCCUGCACGGUGACUUCAGGAUCCCCUACCAGCUCAAUGUGCAGUUUGCUCCAGAUAUCUCCGUAGUGGGCUAUGAUGGAGAUUGGUAUGUGGGUCGGGAACACGUUCAGAUGACUUGCAAAGCCAAUGCAAACCCACCAGCUCAUCACUUCAGAUGGAUCAGGUUGGACGGUGAAAUGCCAGAAGGAGUGGAGAUAAUCAACAGUACCCUGCUCUUCCUGCGUCCCCUUCACCGGAACGACUCUGGCGUUUACAGGUGCGAGGUCGCCAACGACAUCAACCUGCGCAGUCGGGAUGUGCGUAUCCUCAUACAAGAUCCUCCCACCCUGCCUUCCACCAUUACUGCUCCUGUGCUAAUGGGCUCGGCCUCCUCCACCUUUGUGGACGAGAGGGGCCGCGUCCUAAUCAGCUCCCCCACCCUCGAAGCCCUACCUGAGAGCAAUCUCGGCUCCGUAGUGGGCGGGGCCGUGGGCGGGGCCUUGUUCCUCCUCCUCCUCCUGGCUCUGGUCGUCGUGUGUUACCUCCGAAAGCAGCAGACCUUCCCUGGGAACUACUACACCAAGCAGCACCUGGGCACCAACGACCUGCAGAAAUGCCCCGCGCAGCACGAGCUGCACCCCACCAAAACCGGGAGCGGCUCCGACCGCCGGGACCACGACCGGGAGGAGUGGGGCGACCGCCAGCUCAAGCAGGAGCGCGACCGCCGUCACCAUAGCAACUUUAACGGCGAGGGGUACCCGUCCAACGGCUACACUAGGGCGAUGAGGGAGAGCGGCCACCAGCAGAAGCACCACCGUGAACACGCCCAGUAUCCUAGUCCGCAGCAGGGCAGAUACGCCGGAUACCCCCGCUCGCCCAAGCCCCGGGCAAACGGCCCCCCCUGCCUGUCAGAUGACUGCUACGAUAGUGGACCCGAGGGCGACUACGUGUCCCAUACGGACGGCUCGGUCAUCUCGCGUAGGGAGUGCGUGGACGCGUCCGUGUUGAAUGUGUGUUCAGAUGGGAGGCCAUCGUACGUGUGCUGUCUCUGCCUUACUGCGUGGACUGCCAAGUCAUGUAGCAUUACUGAUGGAUUCAUUUGGGCGACAGCUCUGGGGGGCUUCAUCGCCACAUGUGGUUGUCUUUAAAUACACCGCCUUAGGGUAUGUGACACUUUAUUUCUAUUUGUAUGUUUUGAUAUCACUUAAGGCGUCUGAUUUCUAAACGUGAUAUUCAUGGUACAGAACCCAUGAAUGGACGUAGGCUCAUAGAUACAGCAGAGGCAUUGCAGGCUAAUUUGUGUGUCCCCCAGAAGUUAUGGUGGUCAUGAUUAUAUGAAACAUUUUUUUUUUUUGCAAUGUCCUUUAAAACUAAUGUCUUAGAAACGUACAGUAAGAGCACUUUUACUCUGUCUUCUGCCCAUCUUUGUCCCCAGUGGAAAGGAUGGAGCCAUAGUAGGUGGAGUCGUCUGCACGGGUGGAGCCAGUCCACGGCCUCUGUCAGACAACGUGCAAAGUUUACAUUCACGUGGGCAUAUUAAGUUGCGUGCUUCGAUUCCAGAGGAGUUGCACUUUGGAUUCAGCCUCAAAGCGAUCGUGUCCGUGUCCAGUCUUCAGUCCACGGGUGCUGUCGGCAGUCUUAAGCAUGGCUGCCGCCAUUCGCUGGGCCCAGUCACAGUCCAUAGCCACAGUCAACUCCACCACAACAAAACAGCCAUGGACUAAUGUUACUGGUCUGAGUAAUCUGUAGAAAGAAGACGCUGUUCAAGUCUGAGGCAUUAAUAGGCUUAUUAUGGAUUAGCCGAAUGUGCAAUAGUACACUAAUUAUUCUAACCUAUUAUUUUGAAUAUAAAUCUGUAUUAUUACCCUUGGUUCACAGUAACACAAGGGUGUAGAUCCUCCAGGUCAUCUCUGAUGCACCUGCUGUCACUGUCGCCCGUCGUGAUUAAGACUCUGACUCCUCAUUACCCAGAGCACAGUGAUUAUCCAGCAAAAGGGACGAGUGGUAUUUUGUUGCACUGAUCAUAAAACCUGUCCCUAGUUAUUGUUUAGAAUAAAACUCUCUAACAGGGGGCAGCAAGUCACACUUUAAAGCUAAUCUGCAUAAUGGGUUAUGUUGCAGGGCAUUCCGUGCCAAGUACUGUGAUUGAAGUGGGGAGAAACCGUUAGUGGGUCGGUGCCACUUGGAGCACCAGGGGUCCAGGACUCGAACCUGCAGACUCCAGAUGAGUCCUUGUAUUUGGCCAUGAACACAUGGAUGAUAUCCAUAGUAUUAUGGCAUCAGUUUACCAGACUGCAUGGAGGAGAUCCAGAAGUGUCCUCCUGUACACCGGUGUUUGUGAAUACAUGCCGACCUUAGUAUGAUCAACGUUACAAUCUGCUGCCAGAUGCCAAAUAUUAGUUGAACCUGUGUAUAUAGAAAUGUGUCUCACAGACGUAUUACUGACUAGAUAGCAACUGAUUAUUAGCUUAUAAAAAUGACAAACAUGUUACUGUUGUUACUGGGUCAUGUAGUCAGAGAUAGAAAUACAAAUAUGCUUUCUGACACUUUAAUAGUACAGUGAGAUUAGUUGGAACGGGAGUAUUUAUAUUGUUCUGAGCAUAUAGUAAUAAUUCUUCGUCAGGGUAAACGGUCUGUGGAGUGAAUAGGCUGCAGUUCUCAUAGUGACAUUAGAUAAUGUGCCACUGUAAUUUGCCAGCAGAGGAAAUGACCCUGCGAUCGAGCAUCACCUUCAGCUUCCUGCUCCAGUGACUGGCUUAGGUUUCACUCCGUUGGACUCACGUGAUUUACUGUGCACAUAUUAUGGGAUUUCUUUGGUCAGGAACGCGCUGUGUGAAGAAUGUCAUGACCCUUUUUUUUUUUUUUCUUUGGUGCAAUGUUGUUUCCAUGAGAACGCGUGGCUUAUCUGAAGUGACCAGUUUGUGUUCCGAGUUUCAGAAGCGCUAACUCUGUUCAGUUUGCCUUCGGUGGAGAUCAAAACCUUAGUGACACAGUGCAGAUAAUUUGCAAAUAAUAAAUAUAAAAAAAAAAAUAAAUUCCAAAUUCUACCAAUUGUAAGCACUGUCAGAUACUGUAUCGCUGCUGUAUUUGUCCUGAAGUGUUUUUGACAAUUUGUGAAACCAUAACUCCUCAUGUAGUUGAAUGAAGUCAUGUUUUGCAAUGAUUUUUUUAAGUUUAUUUUAUUUAUUUUUUUUGAGAUGGUGCUGAUGAUUUUUGCAUGAAGGCAGAAAAACGCAGGCGUUUGCAGUCAGCACAGUUAAACCAAACUCCUGUCUGCCCGCACUAUGCACUAAGGUGGAAAUUCAACUGAUCAAUGCUUUAUUUUCAGCUCGUUCCUGGGUUAAUGGAGUUGUUUUUUCUGUACAGUGAUAUUUUAUAGUGAUCACUCUUAUUAUCGGACAAUUGUUCUUCACUAUAGGUUGAGACGUACAACUAGUGCCUUAGGUACCUGUUCUCUCUGAGAAGCCCUACGUUGUGCUCUGCCUUUCCUGCUGCGGUUCCUUUUUGGACUGUGCAGUGCCAAAUUCACUUCUCUGCUCAUGUCACCAUAACAGGUAUUGAUGCAGUCUACUUGCAAACCUAGAGGCAUUAAAACACACAAAGCUUGAAUGACUUUUGGUGUAAAAUCCGUUGAAUUAUAUCUUCACAUGUAUUUAUCAGAGUUUUUUUUAUUUGUAGAAUCACUGGUCUAAGAACUGAACAAAUAACCUUGGUCUCAUGUUGUCGAUGAAAUGCACCUUGUGGUCAUUUUUGUUUUGUAUAUACAAAAGAAGAUGCAGGUUUCUGCAAAGGGGGUGAAAAAAUAUGCACGCGGCAGCAGUGGAGCAUUAUUUUAUGAGUCUUUGAGAUCCUUCAGUUCAAUAAAGCACCUUAGCACCUGUGAGUUAUUUUCUCUGGAGGUUUUUGAGGU